GCCUCCGAGUGAUGAACUGCCUUCAGAGCAGAGAGAAGGAAGAGAAGAAACGAAGCCAAAUGGCCAGAGAAAUGGAAGAAACCUCUUCGGCCAUGAUGUCCUUUCUCCAUCGCUGCUGCCUCCUGCAGUGGAUCAUCAGAGCUUGUGCUGGUUGCUUGCGCUUCUUUAGCCAUGAUUCCAAAGAUCCUUCUGAGCAAGAGGACGAAAUGACAGCCAUUGGAGAUAGAUCCAUCGUCCAGACAGUGGAUUCAAGUAGUCCUGAGAAGCCACCAACAAGCAGAGGAAGCGGUGGUAGUGUCAACUCUGCACUUAUGGCUUCAAGAGCCCCUGAAAAGCCACGGCCGAGUGAAGGGGGAGGCGGUCACAUCAACUCUGCAUCCUCCUAAUUCCAGCUUAAGAGAGCAAGCUAGAUAGCAGAAGAGAUCAGCCUCGAAGCUAAAAUAUUUAGGUGCGUAUAAACUUGUUAGUG